UGAAAGCCGCUCCCUCAAGACGACGAUUGAACCUUGACCACCGCUCCGGUAGUUGUACCGCAUCGUUCGCACUAUCUUUAUCAAAACUGCCCCUAGAUUCCAUCAACUGGUGAAGCUCUCCACGGAGCCCGCGCGGGCCCAUUGCACCCCCCUUCGAUACCCCUUCGAUACCUCCCACAAUGUCCCUCGUAAACCUGGCACACGUCUGCUCGCAUCUGCAAAAUGCUUCCAGGGCACGACUUGGCUUAACGUCCGUCCCGUCAACCAACCUCCACCUCACGCUCCUGUUAGCGCUCCAGAACUCGGGCUUCCUCUCCUCUGUCACACGCGGAGGCAUCACGCCUCCUCCGAUGGACCAGCUCUCCUCAUAUGUCCCGGAGCCUGUUACUCAGAGUAAUAUCGCUACGAGGAGAUUGUGGCUGGGUCUGAAGUACUGGAAUAACGAACCGGUGUUGAGCGAGAUGAAGAUGGUCAGUAAACCGACGAAGAGAGUGUGGAUGGAUGUCGAGGGCUUGGGGAAGAUUGUUAGAGGGAGACAGGCGGGAGAGAUAAAGGGGUUGACGAGGCCCGGGGAGUGUAUGUAUGUUAGUACAGAUAAGGGGAUAUUGGAGUCGAGGGAGUGUGUGGAGCGACGGGUUGGAGGGAUGCUACUCUGCAGAGUGUUGUAGGGCGCGAUCUCAUGGAAACUCCGGGA